UUAGCGAAUGGAGGACAAAAUGGCAGCGCCCAUGACUCGCUUCUGAUACUUUGCCUGUGUUCGUUAAACUUUAUAUUUGUUUCUCUCUUGAAUUUGAAAUUAUAGGUUAUAAUUACAUAGUUUUGAAAUUACUCGUCUAGACUCAUAAUGGAACUUGUUUAUGUGACAGAAUGGCCCAAAACUGAUGCAAAUUUGUGUUCCAAGAGGCUGAUCGGAGACACAGCCUGUGGCUGGUCUUGCCGGAAUAUCCUGGCCUUCAGCACCGUCAGCAACACCAAGGCCUUAGAGAAGGAGACCUAUCGGCCCAAGAUACACAUCGUGGAUCCUGACAGGCCAUGGGAACUUCACAGCAUAACCGGGGUCCACAAGGACCUGAUCCAGGUGCUCCAGUGGAAUGCCAGCGGCACCCAGCUCUUGUCUGGGGACAGCUCGGGGACCACCGUGCUGUGGCAGAUGAAGAACCACCUGCUCAACAACUGGGAGAGCGUGGCCGAGAGCCAUGUGGCAGGGGAGCCCAUCGUCGCUCUGGGGUGGCUGCACAGCGGUGUCAAGAUAUCCUACAAUGUCGAUAACAUUGACUCGCCGAGCAUGCUUGACAAGUUCACGCGAUCUCGGUUCACCCCGUCCCUAGCCCAGGUGGGCACCAAACCUGCCGUUGGUUGGAUCUCGGUGACCUCGACUGGCCUGGUGUCUGUGACAGUUCUGAAGAAUGGCGGAGGGACCGUCACGGUGACGGAGUGUCUGGGCAGCACGCGAUGCCACGCAGAGCUGGCUGACAUUGCCUACUCAAGCUCUGGUGACAUCCUGAUAGCCACGUCUGAUGGGAGUUGCCGAAGCCCCGUGCAGAUUUACAAAGUCGUCCUCAGCUGGAAAGAGGACAAACUGUGCAUCGAGACUGACUACCUGCCCUCGCUCCACGUGCAGUGCUGUGUGGACCUCAGUAACAAAGACAAGUACGUGACCAUCACGCACCUGAGAUUCAUCAACAAGGAGUGUUACGAGGAGGAGAGUACGUCACUCCCAGCGGAGCAACUCAUAAUCUCAGCCAUCGGUUCUUCGGGUUCUUGCGUGGAGUUUUGGAGUUUGAGCAAGGAGUUCAUCCCCCUGAAUAAGAUCUUCCAGACCAGCCCCCCACCCUCGAGGGAGUCACAGCCAACCACACAGAAAUGGGUGUUUGGCUCCUGCUACACCAAUACCUCAGCAGUGACUGGACUUUGCCUUCCAAAACUGCCAGUGAAGCUGUCCAUGAAGUCUAUCUAUAAUGGGCCAGGUAUGGUCAUGGCCGUAGCCUUCCAAGAUGGCAGUGUCAAACUACUCCACAGGGUCUCUUUGAAACCAUGUGCAUCUUUCAAGUACGAAGGAAUCAAAGUUGACACAGGAUCACAGGCUAAGCGGCAGAAGGUCUACAGUGGCAAGCAUCUGGUGUACAUGGAGAUGUCCAGCACGUGUUGCAGCAUCAUGGCUGUGGACCGCAUGGGGGCGCUGUGUCUGAUCAAGAUAGCGCCGACUCUAGGACAGGCUCUAGACCAAGGUGCUGCUAGGGCCCAUACCAUUGCCCAGGUUGUGAACCUAUUGGAGUAUAGUCUGGUGACAGGCUACGACUGGUGGGACCUGCUCCACACUAUAACUCCAGGCAUGGUGGACACGGUGAUAGAUCGGCUGACGGAGGCCUUCAACCGACAAGCCAAGUCCACCCAGGAGCUGCUUUUCUCCCGUUUGGUGGCCGUCAAGGGCUCCCUCCACAGACUGACCACCAGCGGUGCAGGGAAGUCGGUGGACUGCUACUGUAAGCUGCUUCUCAAUGCCAUUGCCUCAGAGCUCAAGUCACUCCUCAGGCCUGCCAGCGUCUCGCCCCAGGACAAGGUGCCCGCCGAGAAACUCACCGCUGUCUGUGCCCACAGCAGCGAGUUGGACCUGAACAAGGUCCUCACCAACCUAGAUGCCAAGGACUUUGCUCUGGAUCCCAAUACCCUACAGUCCCUGCAGCAACUGAUCCAGUGGAUAGCAGACUACUGUCUUCACACGCUGAGCACCGUUCCGCAGCAGGCUUUGAACCCAACCAAGCCAGGGGUCAGCAUAUUGAGGGACACGGCCACGCUGGGCUCACUACGCGAGAUGCUGGUGCUCAUCAAGAUGUGGGGGACGCGCAAGAAGACGUGCCUGCCGGUGUUCUCAACGACGCUAGACACCUUGGACAGCAUGUCCCAUCUGUACAAACUCACAACCCAAUUGUGGCUGGCCAGCAAGGAGAUGCCCCCGGCAGACCUGGAUGAUAACACAGUCGACGAGUGUUGUCUCUUGCCAAGCCAGAUCAUGAUGCAACCACUGGACGUGACACCUGUCACAGAAGGGAUCACUGGUAAGCUGCUCAUCCUGCGGCAGGCCAUGAGUUUCCAGUUCCACACCUCCCCGUCCCACAUGGUCAACAUGGCCACCCUGGGCCACAGCCUGAACAUCUUCCCCGGGUCGGAAGUCAAUGUCAGGUCGCUGGCCGACCGGGUACACCAGAAGACGGAUGUUGUUCGCCGGCUGUACCUCGGGGUGUCGCCGCCGGAGGAAAUACGUAGCUGCACAAGGUGUUCCUCUAUUUCGAUGCUGAACUCGCCAAGCCGUUCUCCCGCCAUGAAGUCAUGGGAACAGCGCUGGGCGAGGUCGUGCCUGUGUGGAGGUCUCUGGAGGAAGGUGGUUGCCGAAUGAAAAGAGCGGUGUCUCAGGUGGCAGACUGUUUCCUUUAUUCUGCAAUUGGAAUCUCACAACUUCAAUCUUGGGAUACUUGAUGUAUCUAGAACCCCACUGGGCAGUCUUCUUGACUGUAGCUGCCCCCCUCUUCAAGAAAUGGAACCUUCCCAUGUCACUGUAUGUGGUCCAGUGUACCUGGGUUGCUGACAUUCCCACCAGAGGGGUGUCUAGGUUGAAGUCCUCAUCCUUGAGGGGAGCACCAGUUUCUUUGACGACUGGCGGCACUCUCCGAAGUCGAUGAUGCAUGCCCUCCAGUGGGCUGCACCCUCAACAAGCAGGAUGUUGUCUGUCUUGAUGUCCAGAUGCAGUAGUUUGCAGGGAUGUGUGCACCACAACUCUUCAAUUGCAUCAAGCACAAUUUCGCACCAUUCGUCCGGUGAGAGCUCCAGUGGGCGCCCUCCGCACGGGGCAUCAGUGAGUGUCAGUGGCCAGGCUUAGAGCUCAUCUCCAAGGAACUCAGUCAAGAGGGCCCUAGUGGCUGUCACAGACCACCACACCGUGGACGUUGAGGAAGGACGGAUGGUUGCUUAGCAGCUGCAUCGCCUGGCCCUAGAGGAUGACGUUGUCGUGGACACUGUUGGUCAGUAGCAACUUGUAGGCCACCUAGCUGGCAAGGGAGACCUGGUACUUCUGAGAAACCUCACCAAAAGCACCUUGAGCCAGGAUUGUCAGGCCGUCUGGAGGGUCUGUAAAAUCUGCUACAUCCAGCACAGCGAUAAACUCCAGUUGUCUUUGAUGGAAUAUCUGUUUAUAGCCUGCCAUAAUGAGAAAGAAACAUUUAGAAGUAAAUAAACAGCCAUUAUUAGAGUGUCUAAAUUCAUGUCCAAGCAGGCAUUCUGAGAUGGAACUAAUGAGUGUAUAUUCCUUGCUUGCAGUUUACAGCUGCAUGUAUGUUGGUUGAAUUAAAUUAAUCAAUUUAAUAAAGCAGGUCAGAUUCUCUCCUUUCUUGUUGGCCGUAUCAGCAGCAUUAGAUAGCGUGAAAUAGGCGAAUCAACAAAAGUUUAUGGGAAUGGCUGUAGCCUUCUCCCAUAGAGUUGUUUGUAAUUUUAAGCCACAGCCAAGUAAGUUGGACACAAACAAUGUAACUUUUCGGCUGGGACUCUAUUUCUGUUGCCUGUGAAGGUACUUGUGCACGGAGCCUGUAAUUUAGUUGAUUUGACAUAAGAAUUUAUUUAGCACAUUAUUGCUGACCAGGAGGUGCUGGCUGAUUGAUCAGAUCGACAUGAUGAGAUUAAGUGGAGAAGAUUGCCAUCAUCAGCAUGAUCAACAUCCCCAUCAUCCUCGAUGUUGAUGUCAUCUCCUAGCCAGCUGUUGCCGUAUCAAUGCACGUAAGGCAGUUGACUUAUGGCCUCUGUCUCCUGCUCCCUCGCCUUGUGAACUUGACGGGGUUCAUCGCGGUGUGUUUCAUCCCCCGCAGGCCCCUCAGGGUGAGCCUGGCAGUUUGGUCCAUCUCUGUCAUUCUUGGUGGCAUUGUCUUCUGUGGAAUCGUCACAGUCUGAUUAAUUGCAAGCAUUGUGACCAUCAGAAGUAGUUCCAGGGUCGGGGAUUUCACUGUCUGAAUCAUCACCAGAGUUGUCACUGUGGACAACGUCCAAACCGCUGCAGUGGUUGUCAUCAUCUGCCAAUUUGAUUAGGAUGUCAUCCCUCCAGAGGUCUUCAGCAAAGGUGUGAAUUUCACUGGGUUCCUAACUACCUGUUAGAGAAAAUAUAAAAAAAACCAACAUCAUCAAGUUACUUCUCAAACCCCAGAUGUAAAGGGAGUGCUUGAGCUCUGGUCCGUAGCGCCAGAACCGGCGCGUGAACCAACAUGCGCACGUACUUUUGUUUGCCCUGAUUGAUCUCCAUUACAUGAAAUUAUGUGUAGGCUCUUUAUAAUUGAGACCAAUGUUUGCAUUAUACAUGUAUUUCCUCGUUCAAAAUAACGUCAUACUUCCGUACUCUAAGUGGCUAAAUUUCUUGGUGCGCGGCGGGCUCAUUGAUAUUGUGUGAUCCACGGGUUGUUGGCAAUAAGAGGUGUCAUUAUAGGGAGCGAUCAUGGAGAUGUUUCUAGCAAUCACGAAUUUAGGAUUCGGAGCUUCCAACUCGGAGUAUUUUGUUUCAAAAUGCCUCCAACCUUUGGGCCGUUUUUGCUCAGAGGCGGACAGCUACAUUUAGAGCUGAGCCCAUAGUUUAUUACUAUUUUAGGGGUGUUGUAGGCGAAAGGCGAAUAAAAAGAUGGCGUGGCUGACCCCUAUUAAAUUGAAAAGAAAACUGAACUUCCGUCCAUGGUCUUGAAUUUCGAAAGAAAAACGGGAGGCCAACCUCUUUCUGAGAGUCCUAAGGCGGCGCCAGUUCUGAUUUUUUUUCACUGUUUUCUAUGGGCAUGACAUUUUUGGGCAUAAAGGGCAAAUAUCUCAAAAACAGUGGGAAUGGGGUCAAUGGAACUGCUGCUUUUGGAAUCAGCGUCACUUUAUGCAUAAGAUAAGAUUGUUGGAACAUUUGGAUUCACCGUUCUUUUUUACCAAAAUGUAGUUGAAAAUGGCAUUUUGGGGCAAAAAUUGGCAAAUAUCUAAAAAAAAUGUACGUGGGGUCAAUAAGAGCUUUUUGGGAAUCAGCGCUGCUUUUUACAAGAGAUAAGGUUUUCAAACCUUUGCCACCAACAUUUCUGAUUAUUAAACCGAUUUAUCUCUUAGAGUAGGCCUAUACCAGACUACUGAAACCCAAGAACGAG